CCAUGGAGGGGAGGCUGGCGCAACACUAACGGUGCCAGUGAUCAGAGAAGCGGUGCCGCGUGUGCCGAGCACGUGAACCUCAACAUGUCGGACACAGGAGGAGGUUCAGGUACAUCACCCGCGCCCGGGAUGUCUGACAGCGAGGGUAUUGUGGGGCGUACCACCUCCGCCUCGGGGAUGUCUCGGACGUCAGGCACGAGCAGGACCUCCCUCGUCGCCUCCGCCCCUACCACCACCAUCAGCACCAUUGCCGUCCAGUCUGGAAACACGAGGAUUGUCAUCGCCCUUCUGCAGAGCGCGGAAUGGCUGGAGCUAAGAGUCGUGGAGCUGACCCCGGGGAUGGUGUACCUCGGCUCCACCCUCGAGGAGGCGACGCAGCUCCUUCAGGCGCACGAGGAAGUCCUCGCCAAGCUGCAGAGCAAGCAGAGUCCCGUGGAGGACCUCUUGAACCAAGCGGACCAGCUGAUCUCGACGCAGCGCCCCAGAGCUGAAGUUUACGCUUCCAUGGCCGAGUCUCUUGGUCUGGCAUGGAAGGACCUCAACGCCCAGCUGGAAACGAGAAAGCAAAUCCUGGACAUGGGAGUCGCCUUCCACACACGAGCGCGACAGUACAGCGACAGCAUGGAUGCUGCCGAGCGCGUUUACACCGACAACGUCCUGCCAAGCGACGCUGAAGGCGCAAGGCAACUCCUGUCGCAGUUACACGACCACAAGCGAGCCAUCCUCGAGGCAUCAAUGUACACGCUGCAGGAGGCUCAGGCCCUCCUUGCGCGGCUCAGGGGCCUGGCCACUGAGGGCGCCACCCUCGAUUCGAGGCCGCAGCAUAUCAAGACCAACAUCGAGUUUGCCUGCUCCCAAAUCGAGCAUUACCUGGAGUCACUGCACGACCGAAGGAGAUUCCUAGAUGGACUCUUCUCUGCAAGAAAGCACCAUCUGGAGCAGUGCCUCGCUUUGUGUCUUCUGUACCAGGACCUGACCGAAGCGGUAACUUCUCUGAAGCAGCUGCGCGAUGAAGUUUCCGAACAUCAGGGUCUUGGAGAAUCUCAGGGUAAUGCAGAGAUUCUCCUCCACGAACAUCUCAGGAGAGAGACAGCUGCCAAGGAACAGCAGGACAAGUGCAUCCGACUGUUGAAGACUGCAGAGCGCAUGGCAUCUGGAGGGCACUACGCUGGCCUGGAGGCUCGCUCCAGAGCCUACUCGGUCUUGGAGGCUGCCACAGCUCUGCAUGAGACAUGUGACACCCGCACUGCUCUUCUCCAGCAGUCCAUUCUCUUCUUCAAGCUAGCCCAGACGGCCAUGACCAAGUUGGACCAGGCUGAGGUGCAGGUGGCCAGUUUGGGUGGUGAAGGAGCACAGAGACUCUCCCUCGUGGUUGGGGUGGUGGAGGAAGCUAUUCAGCCAGCACUCGCAGAAGGAUACGCCAUCCUGGAGGUUACUGGAGGAAGAAAUCAACCCCAUAACUUGGGUAUUUCACUUGUGGUUGAGGAACUUGAACGACGUAGAAGUCAUUUGUCUUCCAUUUGUGUUUCCUCAACUGAGCAAGUUUUGCAACGAACAGAACUCUCUAAUGCCUUCCUUGAACAAUAUAACACUAUCGAGUCCUGGCUGGUCAGAAUUGGAGAUGCCUUUCUGCAGGGUCAUCAAGACCCAGGUGGCUCUCUUAGUCUAGCCAGGGACUUCCUCCACCUCCAUCAAACCCUUAAUAACGAUGUUAUGGAAAAGAAACGCGAAAUCGAUUCUCUCGACACAUUCUUGUCAAAGCUUUUACAAGAUUUAUCUGAGGAGGAGGCAACAGGCUAUCAAGAGAAAAUGCAAGCCUUGAAGGACCACUGGGAUGCAUUGAAGAAAGUCCUUGAUAUUCGUAUUGCCAUCAGUGACAAAUAUGUGAAGUUCCAUGAGGAUGCUGAGGCUGUGAAUAAUGAACAUGAGAGCCUUGAGCAGCUCCUUAAAGAAGCACAAGGAGAUGAUAUUGUUCCUCAAGUUGAAGCUAAGUGGGAACAAGUGCAGAAGUUGUAUCUUGAUCUUUGCAACAAUGGAAAAGCUUUUUGUCAAGAUGUUAAGAAUGUUGAAGAUCCCUACUUGGAUACAAAUCGGGCUGUGUUAUGUGUAGAGAAUAUUUUGGAGCAACUUGGCAAGAGGCGUCUUGUCAUUACUGACUUGCAUUCACACUUCCAUAUGAAGAUCACCACAACUAAAGAGAUGUUGUUAUUAUGGAACACUUAUAGAGAAAAUGUCAUAAAGAUGCAGUCAGAAAUGUCUAGUCUGGAGACAGACUUUUGUCCAUUAUUAAGAGGAGAUCCAGCUGACCCAGAGGAUAUAGCCAGUACUCUUGAGCAGAGGUUGAGUGUUUAUGUGUCAGCUGUGAAGAAAACUCAGGAGGAUAUUCAGAAUAUGAUGACAAGAGCAGAAGUUAUGUCAUAUAAAGGUGAUCAAGGAGGUCAGCGAGAUGAAGUUAUUGGAGCCCUUCUGCAACUCUAUCAGAAUCUGCAAAACAAAGCCACAGAAUACCAAAUCUUGGGUCACAUGCUAAUCCAGUGGUGUAGAAAUAUUGCUGAGAUUCACCGAUCUUGUGACAAACUGGAGUCACAAUUUGGUAAUGUCAGCCUUGAUAUUGGAGGUAUAGAAGGUCAGCUUUUGGAACAUGAGGCUUCCAAACAAGCUGUUUUGGAAUUGCUCAAAUUUGCUCAAAAUGAAUCAGCAAGUAUUGUGACCAAGAUCAAGGAACAGUGUCCCCCUGAUGCUGGAGCAAAGGAUAUUGACAUGAUCAAUGAAAUGUUGGAAAGACGUGGCAGAGUCUUUGAAACUGUAUGGUCUCAUCAUCAACAAAUGCUUGAAAGGCAACUCAAGCGUUCGCAGUAUCAUGUUGAUUUACAGGUUAUCAGCGACCAGCUUCGUGAUUUAAGUGAGCAGCUAGGUCGCAUGCGAGGUCAUUAUGGUGAUUCCUUGGCUGCUGCCAAGAGCAUGCAGACUGCAUUCACACAGUUUAAGAUCACUGUUGAUAUGCUAGAAAGACGUAUCCAAACAUUUGUAAGCACAGCUGUUAAAAUGCUUGGACAAGAGGAUGAUUCAGGUGAAGUACAACAAGAACUUGCUGAGUUGGAGAAGAAAUGGUCAACCUUCCAGAGGCAAGUUGGGGAGUCAGAGAAGUCUAUUGAACUGUCUAUUGACUUCUUCAAACUUGUUGAGGAGGCUGAAGAUUGGUUUAAGGAUGGAAGUAAACUCCUGGUAACUGUAGCUGGUGAAUCAUCUAACAUCCAAAAUCCAGAUCAAGCUCAGAAACUCAGGAAACGUAUUGAGCACUUCUUACAGCCAGGAGAGCAGGCUCAGGCAGAGAGAAUCACAAAGAUAUCCUCACUUGCCCUUCAACUGUAUGGUCCAGCUACUCCCAGACAGAUUGAAGUUGUAUCUCACCAGAAUACACACAUGCUUGAAAGCUUUAAUGUUAUCAACCGUAACCUUGAAAUGCUGAUUAUAAACCUGAAAAAUGCAGAAGAUCUUAGAGAAAAGCAGAAGAAGGAAAAGGAAGAACUUGCAGCUUCACUCACAGCUGCACAGGCUGAGGCUGAGGCUGCAAGAUUGAGAGCAGCCGCAGCAGAAGAAGCUAGAAGGGCUGCAGAAGAGGUGGCAAGAACAAUGGCAAUACCUGUAGAGCCUAUUGUUCCAGAAAAGGUUGAGAUUGAGAUCCAGACGGAAGCCAUCCCUCUGCCACCUGAGGAGCCCCAGAAGCCGGAGGAAACACCACCUGCUAAGAAGGCCAAGCUGAUUGAUGAUGAACCACAGCACAUGCCCCCAGUCUUCAUGACACCUCUCGUGGGGGCAUCAGUCUCGGAGGGAGUCAAAUUCUCCUUUGAGUGCAGGGUUAUUGGUUUCCCAAUGCCUGAGGUUGAAUGGCUCAAGGACAACAUGAGUAUCUCUGGAAACCCAGAUUAUAAAACAAGCUUUGAAGAAGGUAUAUGUACUCUUACUAUUGAAGAAACAUUCACUGAGGACUCUGCCCUUUUCACAUGCAAGGCAGUUAAUGCUGCUGGUAUGGCAGAAACAUCUGCAACACUCACAGUUAAGGAAUCAGAGGCAGUGGAGGUGAUGGCACCACCAUUAUUCACAAAGAGACUUGUAGAUUCAGCAGCUGAAGAAGGCUCUUCAUAUCAACUUGAGGCAACAGUAGAAGGUCAUCCACUCCCAGUUGUUUCUUGGUCAAAAGAUGGAAAAUGUGUGGAUGAAUCUCCAGAUUAUGUCAUUACCUUCAACAAUGGUGAAUGUGUGCUCAGAUUUGAGGAAGUCUUUGUGGAGGAUCAGGCUGAGUACCAAUGCAAAGCUACCAAUGAUCUGGGUGAAGAUAUUACUAAAGCCAGGCUUACUGUCACAGCGGUGGAACUCUCUGAACGGCCAAAGUUCACAAUGGUCUUAAGCAAUGUGAUGGCAAGGGCUGGACAGAAGUUUAAAUUGGAAUGCCAAGUUACAGGAAACCCAACUCCUACUAUUACAUGGUUCCAUAACAACAAACCAGUCAAGGAAACACCAGACUGUAGGUUGACAUUUGAUGGUCAAACAGCCACUUUAGUGAUGUCUGAAGCCUUCCCUAAGAAUGCUGGCACUUAUACUGUUGUGGCAAAGAACUCUGCUGGAGAAGCUCAGUGUUCAGCAAAUGUGUCUGUAAAGGGUCGCAUUCCAACUGAGACAAGUGACUCUGAGGUGGCAUCAGACAUAGAUGCAGAACCAAUAAAGCCUUCAGUACAACUUCCCUUGAAAGAUACCAGUAUACAGGAAGGGAGGCCAGCCCGUCUGGACUGUGUUAUUGUUGGUCAGCCUGAGCCAGAGGUUAUUUGGUACCAUGAUGACAAGCCUGUUAAAGAGUCCAAUGACUUCAAGUUGCUGUUUCAUGGUGAUCGUUGUUCCUUGAUAAUACAAGAAGCAUUCUUGGAGGAUGCUGGCAUAUACAGGGUAGUGGCUAUGAACUCCGCUGGUGAAGCAUCAACUGCAUGUUUUCUAAAUGUAGAACCUGUUCCUGAACUGGCACCCCCAUCGGAACCAGAAGCUCCCACUGUGGCACCACGUUUCUCUCAGCUGUUGACAGACAGUCAUGUCACAGAAGGAAAGCCAAUCACUCUUCGUGCUUCAGUGACUGGCGAGCCUGCUCCUACUAUAGCAUGGUUUAAGGAUGGUGUGCCCCUUCUUCCUGAUAAUGAGUUCCAGAUCCAGGAGAAUCCAGAUGGUAAUCUCAUUGUUCAUAUUAAUGCUGCAACACUUGACCACACUGGACAGUACGAAAUAGUUGCAUCCAAUGCGGCAGGGACAGCAAAGUGCGUGGCUUAUCUGAGCAUAGAACCUCGUCUCCCAACACCUCCACCUCCAGAGACCAAGGAACCUCCUGUCUUUACCAAACUUAUUCACGAUGUGACAGUGACAUCUGGUAGUGGUGUCAUAUUUGAAGCUGAGGUUACAGGGGUCCCAAAACCUACGGUAUACUGGACACUGAACGACUGCCAUCUCACUGGUCAAGAAUAUUUACAUGGACAACUGCAGUAUCUUAUUGGCAACCGAGGAAGUGUCCAUUCCCUGGAAUUACCUACAACAUCCAAACUUCAAGCAGGUAUCAUCACUAUUGUUGCUGAAAAUGCUGCGGGAAAAGCAGUGUCUGCAGCAACUCUUAAAAUUCUAGAUCCACCAACAGCAGUAGCGAAACCAGCAGCAAUGGAGCCUCAAGGGAAACCACACGCGCAGCAUCAUGUGAAGGAGGAGAGCUACACAUCAACCACAACAUCAUCCUCAACCAUGUUCCAACAAUCCAGUAUGGUGGAAACCAGCCACAUAACCAAGGUUGUCAUGAGUAGUGGAGGCAUGGAUGAAAAGAAGCAUAGCAUGUCUGCAGCCUCCACAUCACAGGUCAAGAAAGUCUCUGGACAGCCAGCAACAGAGGUUCACAAAGCACAUUUCCAGGAGGUGAGGCAAGAUGGGAUUGCACCAGCUGUGGUCAGUGAUAAAGUAAGCAUGGUAAAGGUUGAGGGUGACAAAGUGGUCCAGCAGGUGAGCCAAGAUUCUGGCACUGUUUCUGUCACUCCUCCUCCAAAGAAAUUUGUAACAGGCAAGAGGAAGGCUGCCCCUGCAAGAUUCAUCACACCUCUUCAGAGUAUCAUUGCCAAAGAGGAUGACCGAAUUGUUCUGGAAAGCACAAUUGAUGGUUAUCCAGAGCCAUCUGUGACAUGGACCCAUAAUGAUGGCCCUCUCAAGGAUGAUAUUCAAGUUAAGACUCAGUUAAACAAAACAUCACUGACCAUCCCCAGGGUCAACCAAGGACAUAGUGGACAUUACACAUGCUUCAUACAAAAUGAAGGUGGAUCUGCCCAGUGCACCUGUGAUGUUAUAAUCAAGAAGAAACAGUUCCCACCAGUGAUAUCGAAACGGCUGCAACCUGUUGUGGUGGGUGUAAACGAACGACUACACAUGGAGAUCGAUGUGACAGGUACCCCCUUACCUGAAGUUUCGUGGAUGAAGGAUGGUCAACCACUUACUCCUAGUGAUCAUUUAACUCAGCGCUCUGAGGGUACUAGACACCUUCUCAUCAUCCAGGAAGCUCAGUUAGAUGAUUCUGGUCGGUAUGGUGCUAUUGCUACCAACCCAGCUGGUCGAGCGGAGACUCUGGCAGAUGUUAUGGUGACACAGCUGAUCAUGGAUGAGAGCCCUCAGACACACAAGAUUGUAUUUACAGAUGUAACUGAUGAAACUAAGAGAAAAAGUGAGUCUAUGGAAGAAGGACAUGUGAAAACAAUAAAGCGAGCAAUAGAGGAAGUAGCAGUUGAGGCACCAUCCCCUACCUCUCCUGUUAAAAUGUUUAAAGCCCCUCCUAAAGCUCCUGUCAAAUCCCCAAUUGUCCCCCCACCAUCUCUCCCAGCACCCCCAGUUCCCUUGCACCAGUCACCCUCUGAGACUGCAAGUGAAGCAGAGGAGGAGGUGCGAAGGCCUCCAGGGAAACUGAAGAAAGCGUGGCCACCAGUGCCUUCAGAUGAUGAGCUAGAAUAUGCAACACGGAUGGAUACUAGUGUUGAGAUAGUUAGUAAAAAUGUGUCUUCCCUUAUAUCUUCUUUCUCUGCAAUGGAGACUCAAUCUCCUGCUGUGCCAAGUAAGCCAAAACCUGCCCCUAAACCUCUUCCAAAACCCAAAGCACCUGCUGAGCCAGACAUCUACCUUGAGCCUGAACCUGAACCAGUAUAUGGAUUUGUAGGUGGUACAGAAAUGGCUGUCAGUCAAGAAGCAGAGCCAGAAAAAACAGAAGUUAUUCUUCCUGAUGAACCCGUACUAAUUCCUGAACCAGAACCUAUUUAUGAAGAAGUUGUAAUGCAACAUGAACCAGAAGUAGAACCAGAACCAGAAAUUGAAUAUAGAAUUGAGCAUAUUCAUGAACCAGAGCCAGUGCAACAACAGGAAGAAGCUGUAACUCAUGAACCGGAAGUUAUCUUAAUUACAGAAACUUUGCCAGAACCAACACCUAAAGAGGAAGAAAUUAAGCUUGUGUCUCCUGUUCCUGAAAUAAUAUCAGAACCUGCAGUUGUUAUCAGUCUUGAACCAAAACCUGUAGAAGAGUGUACUGAAGAAUUUGAGGUUCCAGAACUUGAACCAAUUGUUUCAGUAGAAGAAACUAAGAUAUCAAAAUUAAAUCCCAAUGCUGCUGAAUUUGAACCUAGAGUAAUAAGAGAAGUGAAAACAGAAGUAACCUCAAGUGAAUCAAUGUUUUUUGAAACAAAAAAAUCAGUUUCAUCAUCCAGUUAUUCAACAGUUGAAACCAAAGUAUAUACAACUGGAAUAACAAGUCCUCCUCUGAAAGAAUCUACAGAAAUAAGCUCAGAUAUCAAAGUACAAGCCACAGUUCCUUCCGUGUCAGAAUCUGUAGUUGAAAAAUCCAUUACUCCUGAAUCCUUUGUUCAAGAGCCUGUUCUGGAUCAAGAGUAUCAACAGCCAGCAGUAGCUGAAGUACUUCCAGAGCUGGUAGAUAAAGAACACUUUGUACCUGAACCUGUAGUUUCAGAGACUUUCGACACUCCACCAGAACCAAUUGUUCAUGAGGUGGAAGAGCCUGUUCCAGAACAAGUAAUUCCUGAGCCUAUCCCUAAGUUUGAAGUUCCUGAUUUAGUUCCAGAGUCAGAAAUUACAGAGCCAGUGAUUCAGGAUUCAGAUUAUGUGAUUCAAAGUUCAUUUAUAGAACCAGUUGUACCAGAGCCUCAGAAACUUGUAGAGCCUGAGGAAGUUGUGUUAGAGCCAGUAGUUUCCAAUGUAAUGCCUGAACCUACUGUUUCUGAGGCAGUCAUAGAAGUACAGCAAGGUGAGGAUACUGUUGAGUAUUUUGUCCCAGAAAGUGAGCAGGUAAUUGAAUUUGUAGCAUCCCCAUUACCUGCUCGUAAGGAACCUAGUCCAGAGCCUGAACCAGUUCAAAUGGAUACUAAACCCUCAUUACCUGAAGUGAUUACUGAGCCUGUAAAAGAAGCUCCAGCUAAGUCAUGGCAAUCAAAAAUUGAAUCUGGCACAUAUGAAAGUAAGGUGCAGUCAGAUUUUAGUUCAAUUUCUUCUUUCUCUUCAAUGGCUUCUGAAACAAAGACCAUGUUUGUUACAUCAUCAGAUGUGCAGACUAGGAUGUUUUCUCAGAUGCCUCAACCACAACCAAAAGAACUAAAGAAACCACUUACGCCUCUCAUAAUGCCUGAAAGAAAGUCAAGUGUAGAGGAAACAGUAAAGCCUCCAAAAGCUCCUGAACGUGAUGAUAUGAAGGAACAAAAGAAACCUAAAAAGAAACGAGAAUCAGUCAUUCAAAUUGCAAAAAGAUUGGAAGAAACAAUUGUGCCAAUGUCUCCUGAUGAAGUACCAGGUGGUAUUCGCAUGUUCCCAAGUCCCAAGCAGCCAUCAACUCCUGUCCGUGAGACACCAACACCAACACGAGAAACAUCAUCUGCAAGGGCAACCCCCACCAUUGAAGAGAUAAUGACUAUUGAAUUUAAACCAGAGAAAUUCCCACAACUUGAACCAUUUCCUUUCCAGCCCCAAGAACCAGCUAGGAGAGAAAGACCAAGGAGUUUGCCACCACCCAUUCCUAGAAAAUUUAUUCCUGGUACUUUUACAGAUAGUGACUAUAGUGAAUAUGAAAGUGACAUGGAAAGUGAACAGCGACUACAUUUAAAGAAAAUUAAAUUUGAUGCUACAGGGAAACAGGUUGCCAGGCCUCAUUCAGUUGGUCGUGACCCUCUUCCACCUUGGGCUUUUGAUACUCCCCCAGUGUUUGAAGGCGGUAUGAGGCCUGAAGUACUUAAAAAAGAGGAAGAAAUUGUCAAGACGAAAAAGUCUGUUACUCCAAAAAUAAAGCCCAAGAUAGUAGAAAAGUUCUUUGCAGCCACUGGAGUUGAAGGGGAACAAGAGAUAAUAAAACCAGUGCCUAGAAAGCCAAAGAAGGAAACUAUUCCUCCUCCAACAAUAGUACCUGUACAAAAGCCAGAUCAAAAAGUAAAACAGAUAAAACCAAUAGUUAUACCAGAACCAAAGCUUGAAAAACCUAAGAUAGAGAAACCUGUGCCACCAGUCCCUGAACCAACAAUGAAAAUGGAGGAAAGGAUUGCAGAACCACAAGGAAAGCUAAUGAAGCAAUGGCCUCCUAAACCUGAAGAAGGAGAACCAGCAUAUCAGGAAUCUCAAGUGGGAGGAAGAUCAGUGAAAAGUAUGAUAUCAUCUUUCUCUGAAAUUAGUUCUCAGGAAACUUCCAUGUCUUUCCAGAAACGGGAAACCAAAGUUAUGAAACAGGAGACUAAAGUUUCUACUCAGUCUUACACACCUGAAACUAAACCUGCUCCAGUUCCAGUUCCAACAGUAGAACCCACUUUUAUUUCAAAACCACAAGCACCAUCAGCUCAUAUUCCAGAACCAGAACCUCCUCCAGUAUAUGUUACACCUGAACCUGCUCCUGUGUAUGUUGAACCUGAGCCUGCUCCAGAGUAUGUGGAACCUGAGCCUGCUCCAGUAUAUGUUGAACCUACACCUGAGCCUGCUCCAGUGUAUGUUGAACCUGAGCCCACUCCUGUGUAUAUUGAACCUGAGCCUGCACCUGUGUAUGUUGAACCUACACCAGAGCCUCCUCCAGUGUAUGUUGAACCCAAACCUGAACCUGCUGUAGCAUAUGUUGAACCAAAACCAUUACCUUUGCCAACUCCUGAGCCAAAAGCAAUUUCACAUCCAGAACCAGCUCCUAUCAUAUCCCCAGAGCCUGCUCCUAUCAUAUCUCCAGAACCUACUCCUAUCAUAUGUCCAGAACCCACUCCAGUAGUUCCUGGUAUGUCACCAGAUGUGGCUUUACUUGGUUUCCGCUCAGUACGUGCACCAACACCAAAGCGUGGUCAAACUCCAGCAAAAACAGCACCAGCUCCACCACCUCCAUUUGAUUUAGUAAUAUCCCCAGAACCUGUGGCAAAGCCAGCACCUAUUACAACACCAAAACCUGCACCUGUUACCGUACCAAAGCCAGCACCUGUUAUCACACCAAAGCCAGAACCUGUUACCAAACCAAAGCCAGCACCUGUUACAAAACCAUCUUUGCCAACAGUAUCACCUGUUCCCAAAACACCACCAAAACCAGUACAAGAACCUGUAAAGAAGACUGUUGUUAAGACAGAAGUCAAAUCCUCCAUUAAAGAGAAGAUGAUCAGAUCCACAGCUGGAAAGAUAAAUGAGAAAUGGCCUCCUAAACUGCAAGAAGUAGAAGUACCCAAGGCAAUACCAUUACUUAGAACACGUUCUCAUUCUUUAGAAAGACCACCUGUGACUGAGCCUCAAGUUUUACCCACAAGACCACAUGAAGCCCCACCCUCUGUGUAUUGGUCAAGCAACAUCACUGUUAGAGAAAAGAGGUUGUCAUGGCCACCACAACCAAUGCCUCAGACCCAGACUAUCACCACCUCAUCAAUAAGAGAAUCUACAAGCAGAACAACUCAGGAAGAGAUCACUCAAACAUCCCAACAGAUUUCAAAAACAACUCUGGAAAAGCAAGAUACAGUGCCAGGCCCAACACCUCUUAUAAUAACACCUAUGCAGCCUGUGGUCCAAACAAAGCCAGUAACCAUUGCACCUAAACAAGGCCUUGUUCUCCCCUCUGAUUCAAAGAAGAAACAACCGGCAAAGGAUAUUACUAUAAAAUCUAAAGUUCCUACAAGAGAAGGUUCUGUCACCUCACCUAUUAUCCAACUUCCUCCUUUGGAACCUUUCCCAUUCGCUGUAGAUCCAGAAAGGGAAAAGAAACCAAGGGGAAGAGCUCCAUCUAUGCCCAGGAAGUUUAUUCCAGGCUCAUUCACAGAAAGUGAAUAUGAAAGUGAUUAUGAGUCUGUACCAGGCUCCUUAUCAAGACUAUACAUGAGUGACAGUGAGGCAGUGGGAUAUAAACCUAUGAACAUUAAAAUGAAGAAAGGAAGGUCCAAGAAAUCAAAGCAGCCUUCCCCUCCACCUCCUUCUGCUUUUGGUCCUCCACCAUCGCUUGAUACCCUUCCUCCUCCUGGAUACCUUUUCUCAGAUGUUGAAUCUGAUAUUCCAACUUCAAAGGAAUCAACACCAGUGCCAGAAGCUGGUAGAAUCCAAAGUAAGCAUAUAGUGCAGACUGUUAAACUGCUUGCAUCACAGAUAACACCAGAACAGAAAUCAAUACAAACAGUAGCGCCAAAGCCUGUUAAACAAAAGACUCCAAUUGUAUUUCCUAAAGUAGCACCAGCCCAGAACAUUGUUCCACAGGUUGGGCCUAAAGUAUCACCCAAAACAGUUACUGUGGCUCCAUCUCAAUCAUUCAAACAAGCAGAACAGACUCACAUUCAAAAAACACAAGUACAGGAGCAUGUAACAGAAAAUAUUGGUGUUGUAGGUAUGAGAAAGAAAUUUGAAGAAGCUGGUGGUUCAUCUCCUACACCAAAAAGUGUUACACCUACACCAAGUCGUCAUUCAAGAAUACAGUCUCCAUCACCUAUACGUGGUGGUCCAUUAAGUGAAACCCCUGUUCUAACCUCUGACUAUAUUGAACACGUUGACAAACCAACACAGCCAACUUCUGAAAGAGUAGUUCCCAUAUCCCAAGAAAGCAGUGGGACUGAAAAAACAUCUUCAACUCAGGGUACCGUGAAGACAAAACCAGCAUCACCCAAGUCUCGUAAAAAGACAGAAACUGUUCAAAAGAGUGUGCAGGAGUUAGAAGAGAGUGGCUAUGCAGCAGAUACAGAAGGCACCUUGCCACGUCGUCACGGAAAGACCGUACAAUCAAAUUCAUCAAGCUUUAGCUCUAGUUCAAUUUCCAAAAGUGAAUCAUUCAUGUCAUCAUCUUUUUCAAAGAGUGAAAGCAAAAGUUUCUCCAGUUCUGAGUUUAGUGGCCAACCCACUUCAACCUCAUUCCCCCCUGGUUUCCCUUCUGGUGGUGCCCCAGGUACCUUUCCCUUUCCCUCAACUCCUGCCUCUUCAGUAGGUCAGACCUCGCACUUCUCCAGUACAUUCAAGUCAUCUGAAAGUAAAUCUUCCCAGGUUAAAAAACUAUGGUCAUUUCCCAAGCUAAACUGCAAUUGAUGCAAAAAAAACGUGAGAUUUUAAAUGUUUACUAGCAGGUCAGAAGAGGUCCGUGAGGAAAGGCGUGGAGGAGCCCAAGGUACUAAACCCACUCCAGAAACUAAACCAACAAGAGAAGAAAAGAAACCAAAAUAUGAGGAGUUCAGAAGAGAAACUCACGGACACCCAGGAACAUCAGGUCCUUAUUCUGAAGACACUUAUUAUGCUAUGAAGGAUGAGAGUGAUAUUUCCACUGAAGGGGGAAGAACUAAGAAGAAAGUUGAGAUGAAAAGUGAAACACAUGUAGAGGUAAUGUCAGACAAGAAGGUUGAGGUCUUUGAAAGCACAAGUGUUGAUGUUUCACCAAAACCCAAAAAAAA